CACCACUUUCCAGUUGCUGCUUCUGUUCCUUACCAUCUACAAUGGGCACCGUUACCUACCGCGACGGGAUCGCUAUCCUACAGCUCGUCGUCUUCCCAUUCAUUCUUGUGGCUGCCAUCUUUAUCUGGAAGCGUACGGGCUGGCGCAUCGGCAGCAAAAUCUGGCGGUUCGCAGUCACGCUCUCCCUCAUCCGAAUUGCCGGCAGCAUCGCGUCGCUCUUGACCAUCAGCCAUGAUUCCUACAACGUCGAGGUCGCCGUAGCGGUGUGCGAGCUGAUCGGCAUUGCUCCUCUGCUACUCACCUAUGUUGGUCUGUUGAGGCAAAUCGACACGCAACAAAGUCUCCCUCCCCGCUUCCUCAACAUCGUGAGCCUCGUCUGCAUCAUUGGCCUGAUUCUCGGCAUUGCAGGCGUCAGCAGUGCAGAUGACAACGGCAGCUACCACGUGAACAGCAUCGUCAAGGCAUCCAUGGGCAUCUUCCUCGCUAUCUUUGUCCUCAUCGUUGCGAUCGGCGCGUGGCUCUUCGUGCGCCUUCGCCCCACCAUGCGGGCUUUCCAGCGAAAGCUCUUUCUCGCCAUCGCCUGCUCCUGUCCCCUGCUCAUUGUUCGUCUGGUUUACUCGGCGAUGGGGGACUACACGACCGACACCCGGUUCAUGGUGCUGGUGGGCAGCCCCACCAUCUAUCUGUGCAUGGACGUGCUGGAGGAGAUUUUUGCCAUGCUCAUCACUAUGGUUUUGGGGGUCUCGGCUGUGUUGGAGAAGGACUUUGUGCAGUUGAGUCCGACCGAGAGACCCGCGGUCGGAAAGAUUGAAGUGGUCUAA